CCCCCCGGGGCCUGGCGGUGCCGUGCUGCGGUGCCGCAACCGGCGCCCCGCGGCGCCGGCCCCAUGGCGCAGCCCACGCCGCCGCUGCGGCCAGCGCCCCACGGCCGCGCACCUCGGCCGCUGCGGCGGUGGGUGGCGCCCGCCGACGUCAAGGUGGGCGGCGGCGGGCGGUGGGCGGCCGCGGCCGCGGCGGCGGCGGGCGGCGGGCCGCUGGAG